CUUUUUUUUCCCUUUUGAUCAUUUCUCGAUUACAAAACUCAUAGCUUAUUUUCUUUGUUCUUUCACAUUUCACACUUUGUAUGAGCACCCAUAUCUGUGUUAAGGUGAAGCAGCCAAAACUGGAUGAAAUUCGCUUAAUAUCUAUCCCAAAGUCUAAUCCGUACGAUUUACGGAGGAUAAAAAAUGCUACCAGGGAAGUGUUUGAUAUGGACGAGACAGAGGAUUUCAAUUUUCUUCUAUCGGAUAAUGAUGGAGAUGGUAUAACAAUUAAGACAACUGCAGAAUUAGUCGACUUUGCGAAUACCUAUGGAGAAACGUUUGCCCGUAAAUGGACGGUUCUCUCAGUUCCGAAUAAAGAGCAGGAAAAGGAUAACAAUAAGGACUCAUGUGAACCAUCAGAGACAAUUGAAACGACUGUUAAGCAAUUAGAAUCAAUUAUUGACGAGUUGCAAAGCUGCAUUGGAAAGACACCAAUAAUUACAACUGAUGGCACUGUGAGAAAAGCGCUAAAAGCUGUUGUAGAAGCGCAUCAUUCCUUAAGGCCAGCAUUGGAAGCGACUGCAAAACCGCACCCUGAUAUAAUCUGCGAUGGCUGUUAUUUGCCCAUACAUGGCCAAAGGUAUCGUUGUGAAACGUGCAAUGACUUUAAUUUAUGCAAUACUUGUAAAGACACCAUGAACCAUCAUCCGGCCCAUAGAUUCAAGCUCAUCAGAGGUGAUUACACAAACAUCAGUACACCUUCGAGAAUUAGUGAUGGAUAUUUUGACAUAGAGCGACCUUUAUGUACACCAGACUAUGAUAUAUUCCAGCAGCAGAAUAUCUAUAUUUGUGAUUUCUGUGAUUCAGAUAUUGUUGGCAUCAGACAUACCUGUGGCUCAUGUCCAGAUUUUGAUUUGUGUCAUUCAUGCUUUUCUAUUGCUAAGGAAAAUCAUCCUCCUCAGCACAAGUUUGUCACUCGCCUGGUAGGAGCUCAAUUAAGCGCUGCUACAGAAAAGCAACGAGUCAGACAAAAGAGUUCUAGCAGCAUAGACAUGGAUAGGAAAAACCACCUUUCUUUAACACCAUCUGAUACAAGCACUUCUAGCUCAACAAAUAUGAAGCAUCCUGGUGUUAUAUGCGAUUACUGCAAUGCAUAUAUCGAGGGUAUACGUUAUAAGUGUGGUCACUGUUUAGAUUAUGACCUCUGUGAAAUAUGUGAACAGCAAUCACUCUCUAUUCAUGAUAAAUCACAUGCUUUCAUCAAAAUACGAUAUCCGAUUCAAAGCCUUGGGCGCAGAACAAUAUUACCAACAUUCAAACCUGUUAAUGAGAGUAGUAAACGUCAGCCUUUACCUACCAUGAAAAUGAUGGAAGAAGCUUAUCCAAGACCAGCCGAUAAAACAGGCUCAAAAAAACUCAUUAAACAGCCAGAAGACCUGGUUAAGGUGCGAACAACACAGUCAUCCGAAGACUCAACUUCAUACAUACCCGUGCAGGAUAGAACUUUAACGUGUAUCGUUCUGAAUGCUAAGUUUUUAUCAGACUUAAAUAUACCUGAUGGGACACUUGUUUCGCCUAAAAAAACCUUUAUUAAGAUGUGGAAAGUGAAAAAUACAGGAAAUGCAGACUGGCCUAUGGGUUCUCAUUUACUGUUUAAUGGUGGUUCUAUUUUGCGUCCCUAUCCCAUAUCACGUCCGGAUUGCUUUGCUGUUCCAGUUGUAUCGCCAAAUGAUGAAAUAUGUGUUACAGCAGAACUUCAAGCACCAGAUGCACCGGGAGAGUAUAUAAGUUAUUUUUGCUUAUGCGCACCCGAUGGACAACGGUUUGGUGAUAACUUGAAGUGCAGCAUUAGAGUAGAUGAGAAUUUAGAGUCUGAUAAGAAUCCUCCAGAAUCUCUCUCAAACAUUUCGUCAAACGAUAAUAUUUCUAGAAGUAUAUCACCGGUUGCAUCAACAUAUUCUUCACUGUCAUCAGAAACUACGCCAACAACCAGCACGGUAUACCGAAAUAAAAUCACAGUAACCACAGAUGCAAGUACUCAAGUACAAGUUGUUGACGAUGGUAAUGUUAACGAUAGCCAUGAAAGCAAUAUUUUUGAUGAACUUUGUACCAACAGAAACGAUGACAGUGAUACUACUUCACCUGCAACAUCUGCUACUAUGAAUACAUAUACAGACAGCCAAAUCAGUAGUUUACCUCCGUCUGAAAUAGAGUUUACUGAUGAUGCGGAUAUAGACUAUUCGUCAGGUGGUGAAGAAAAUAAUGCUACCAAGUUAGAAGGAAAAAGCAAGAGUUUUUUUAAAGAUGAAGACGAAGACGAUUUCGUCUUCAUUGACCAAGAUGCAUCGAUUAAUAAUGAUUUUAAGCAAGAGCCUGCAGUAACCGAAACUGAUGAGUCUUGCAACUCAACGUCUCAACAAGAUUCUAUUUAUAAAAGUCAGCUAUUAUAUCUUCAUGAAAUGGGAUUCGGUAGCUCAAAUGAUUGGCGCGCAUUGGGUCUACUAAAGCAACAUAACGGUGACAUAGAUAGGGUUAUCUCCAGUCUACUUACAUAUCCAUAAUUAACGAAUUUACCAUGUACAAUAAUUUUAUUAUCUCUGUCAGUAAUAAAACGCGGCUCUCCGUAUAUAUAGUUGUUGUUCAUUGACUUUCACAAAUCAGUUUAUGUAAAAGGAUGUAACAAAUGGAAAGGCUUCAAAUGGUGGAUUAUCAUUAUUCGGGUAAACUAUGUCCAGCUACUCUGACA